UCAGCCUACUCCUGAGCCUCGCUCAUCUGACUCGACCAAGUUUAACUACUUGCCACUCACUGAACUACCGGACUUGACUGGAUCACACUGGACCUGAGCUGGACAACCCUAAACCUGACUGGACUUGACUGAGUCACACUGAACCUGGACCACGCUGGACCACCAUGAAGUAGGCCUACACUCUGCCAUAGUGACUUAGCCAUGCUGGAGCAGGGAAGUAGAUGAGAAGUGGAUUAACAAUACACUAGCCAGCCUCUCUUAUGACAGCAGCUGUAGACACUGAGAGUCUCCCUCUCUUGGCCCCCUCAUCUCUCCUGCACUCGCUACUGUAGCUCUCUCAAUAUUCCUCUCGAUAGCAUCUCUCCAUAUCCCUCCCUCCCUUUCUCUUUCUCCUCUUCUCCCUGUGCUCACUCUGCCUCUUUGCCAUGCGCGAGGCAUACACAUGUAAGUUUAAUCCGGGAGGGAUGGGAGUCUGAAUGAGAGGUUGCCCUCUGAUUGACACACAGAUCUGCUGAGUAUUCACACAACCAGGACAGCUGUUGCUGGGAACUUAUUGUAAAGGAACAGAAUUUUACCUCCUGGAAUAGUUCAUAUCCUCCUGCCUCUGUCUCUUUGUGCUGAUGUCUCCAGUCUCAGAUCUUUUCAGCGCGAGGUGUUAUCUGUAGCACUGAGCUCCAGAUUAAAAGGAAAUUGCCGGACGACUAAAUCUGCCUGUCAGCCUCUGAUUCCUACAGAAAGCGUAAGUGAUACAGACGGAUGAGUCGAGGAUAAGCCAGUCGGGACUGCAAAGGAAGAUUCAUUAAACUGCUUCACUCUUCAUGGGACGCUGUACUUUGUUUUUGGAGGGUGCAUCUUCGUCUGUUUUUGUGUCUGUGCCGGGACCGGGACGGUGUUCAUGUGCCUGCAGUCUACAGCGGCUGGGUGUUGUUUUCUGAAGAAGACAGAGCACACAGGCUGAGGUAGUGUUGAAGCAGGACACCCUCUGUAGGAGACAACUCUCCUCGCUCCUCUCCUUUUCUCUUUUCUCUGCAGACAUAACUGCCCACCCUGACACUGACAGCUGCUUGACCUGACCAAGAGACUGUCCAGACGUCUUGUUGAGGCAUCUUGUCGUACAGACUGACCCACCACAAGCUCUAACCAGAGCACCUUAAGCCAUUCCAGGUGGCUCCCAGUCCCAGCCAGGAUGCAGGUGUCGUUAGUGUGUACGGAUCACAAUCGUGGAGGGGUGAGCCGCAGUACAGAGGAACGGCUCAACCACCGCCAGAAUGCCAACAGCCCUAACACAGGCACCCGCAGCAAGUUCAGGGCUGUGGCCAUGGUGGCCCGUAGCCUUGGACAGGUCACUGUCCAGAGCCAGCCCACGUCCAGCGACCAGAGCAUACGCACCGGCAUGAAGUAUAGAAACCUUGGGAAGUCUGGCCUGAGGGUGUCCUGCCUUGGACUAGGAACAUGGGUGACGUUCGGAGGGCAGAUAACGGAUGAGAUGGCAGAGCAGCUGUUGUGUCUGGCCUACGAGAACGGCAUCAAUCUGUUUGACACAGCAGAGGUCUACGCCGCAGGGAAGGCUGAGGUUGUGCUGGGGAACGUCAUAAAGAAGAAAGGAUGGAGACGUUCCAGUCUGGUGAUCACAACAAAGAUCUUCUGGGGUGGAAAAGCAGAGACUGAAAGAGGGUUGUCCCGAAAACACAUUAUAGAAGGUUUAAAGGCCUCACUGGAGAGACUGCAGCUAGAGUAUGUGGACGUGGUGUUUGCAAACAGACCGGACCCCAACACUCCCAUGGAAGAGACGGUGCGGGCGAUGACCCACGUGAUCAACCAGGGCAUGGCCAUGUACUGGGGCACGUCCCGCUGGAGCCCCAUGGAGAUCAUGGAGGCGUACUCUGUGGCGCGGCAGUUCAACCAGAUCCCUCCCAUCUGUGAGCAGGCAGAGUAUCACAUGUUCCAGAGGGAGAAGGUGGAGGUGCAGCUGCCAGAGCUCUUCCAUAAGAUAGGUGUGGGGGCGAUGACAUGGUCACCGCUGGCCUGUGGGAUCAUCUCAGGGAAAUACGACAGUGGGGUACCACCUUACUCCCGCGCCUCUCUUAAGGGCUACCAGUGGUUGAAGGACAAGAUCUUGAGCGAAGAGGGCCGGCGUCAGCAGGCGAAGUUGAAAGAGCUGCAGGCAAUCGCAGAGCGGCUGGGCUGCACUCUGCCCCAGCUCGCCAUCGCGUGGUGCCUACGAAACGAAGGGGUGAGCUCUGUCUUAUUGGGGGCGUCCAGCACCGACCAGCUGAUGGAGAAUAUAGGAGCAAUACAGGUUCUUCCCAAACUAUCCUCCUCCAUCACGCACGAGGUAGAUAGCAUCCUGGGGAACAAGCCGUACAGUAAAAAGGACUACCGUUCCUAACGCUUCGCCAGUCAGCCAGGGCUGCUCCAGGGCUGCUCCAGGGCUGCUCCAGGGCUGCUCUAGGACUGCUCCAGGACUGCUCCAGGGCUGCUCUAGGACUGCUCCAGGGCUGCUCCAGGACUGCUCCAGGGCUGCUCCAGGACUGCUCCAGGGCUGCUCUAGGACUGCUCCAGGGCUGCUCCAGGGCUGCUCUAGGACUGCUCCAGGGCUGCUCCAGGGCUGCUCCAGGACUGCUCCAGGGCUGCUCCAGGGCUGCUCUAGGGCUGCUCCAGGACUGCUCCAGGACUGCUCCAGGACUGCUCCAGGGCUGCUCCAGGACUGCUCCAGGACUGCUCCAGGACUGCUCCAGGACUGCAGCGCAGGUCCAUGCCCCAUCUUUGCCUGAUCCUCUGUUUGCUUGAGCUUUACUGAAUGAGACCCCGGCGCAUGAGUCUGGCCCCACCUUGGCCACCCUGGGGAGCAUCAUUUAGACUUACAGGGAAAAGAAAAGGAUGAUAAAUAGAUACGUGACCUCCGCAAUGGAAGGAAGCAUAGGUAGAAAAAAUACAGAGAACAGGGGGUUAACUAGAUGAAUCCGUUAUACAUACAAUUCAGCCGAAGCUGCAGUUUAAAAACCGAAGAAAAUAUUACUUCUAAAAAAUACAAUAAAAAGCACACGCUUGCUUGGCAGACAGAUAUAAUUGUAUUUUUGGUGGAAUAAAAUCUAAAUACUGAAUGCUUACCAAUGGAAUUUAAGUUUAUACAAAUAUACAACAAAUACUCUGUUGCACAUUUAUAGCAACACAUUUGUUUUUGGGAGUUCUGUUUUCAAUUGCCUGUACAUGUCCAUAACAGUUUCUCUUAAACAUCUGUUUUAUUUGUGUGGUCUACAUAAUCUGUGUACUAGCCUCCUUGCAGGCAGAACAAUCAGCACUUUAGUAUUGUACAGUUCAGUCAUUGAGAGGUUGUUGAACAUUGUGAGAGGAUGAAAUAAUUAAACCGUCUCACACAUGGUCAGUCAUUUCAGUGUAGAAUCAGAAUCUCCUCUCCUGUUUCAGUUUCCUAUCUGUUCCCCUCAGUCAAUCUGGUCUCCACAGUGCUGGUUCUGCCAGGCAGACUAACCCCUAGUCUGAGUCCCACCUCUGAGCUGCACUAACUGCACCAGCCAGGUGGAACAGGGUGUAGGACUGCCCCCUAGUGGAAGGAUUUAGCUCUGCUCUGAGCUCUGCUUCUCUCGUGCGCCAGGUCUGUCAUCUGUCAAUAAGAACCUUGAGCAGGCUAGUUGAUUGCCAUAGAAAGGGUUAAUUACUGGCCAUGUAAAAUGAUGGCUGUAUCUGUAUUUACCUUUGUGUGGCGGUGUUACUUUCUGAACUUUUACUGUAACUGCAUCAGACGUAAUGGUCUUAAUUGUGCUACUCAGUCAGUUUUACAGACCUCUUUAUUAGUCAUUUUAGAGCAAAUUCUCAUGAAAAUGGCACAUUACCUAAAUUGUGCUCAAUGUGUGUGUGUGUGUGUUGCCUUAUUUAGGCUCAUUUUGAGCUGUGCUGGGCUGAGACAGCAGGCCCAUAGCUGCCAUUGGCCGUCAGUGCACAGACUGGUCUUGAGCCCCGUUUAUGCCUCGUUCGGAUAUAAAUCCUUUGUCCUGAUCUUGUCCACAUUCUGAUUGUGCCUACAUUUUCAGACCGGUGUAGAUGACUAAAAGACAUAUUGUGAUCUUCCUGAUCUACUCCGGAGGUAGUGAGGCACGCAUUGUGUCUGAAUAUCUUACAAGACAGAUCUGGAAAGAGAAACCAUUUAAUUUAUCAUUAUUCUGCUUUUUAACAUCAUUGACUGGUGACAUUGACCUACGGCAUCAAUAUGUGUUUUAAAAUGAAUACAUAUUAUUUUGAAAGAAUAACUGUCAAAUCAUUUGCAUGCAGGGAGGGACCAGGAAAUCUGCGGACACAGUAGACGGAUAUGAGACACAUUUUAAUACCAUGUUUAGAUCUAUUUCAGAAAAUGUGGACACAAUCAGAUCAUGGACAAGAUCAGCACAAUGGGCGCAAGUUGUGAACAAGGCUUGAGACAGUAGUCCCUGGUAUAUGGAAAGACUCAUUGGUUUUAGUGGCAGCUCUUCCUGCCCAAUCAGAGUGAAGACUGUCGUGUGACAUAUGCGUGCGAGGCUUGCGAGGAAGAAAGGGCUGGUUUGUGUCAGCAGCUCAGGGAAUGUGUGUACUUGUUUGUAUACCUGGUUAGUAAGAUGUAUUUAAUGUGUACGUCUUUCUUUCACGUGUGGAUGGGGACCUGUCCAAUGUCCAAUCAAGACAUUUUCACGUGGCUUGAGCCAAAGAUAUUCCAACAUCUUUCAGCAACACAUCUAAGUGUCUUGUCGCUUGUUGGAAGAGUAUAGCGACCGACUUAAAAUGCGUACUAUCUAGCUUAUUAUCUAUGGACUCUCUUCAUGUGUACAGCAUAAUCACUUGACCAUGCUGUUCUAUGCUUAUACCCACAUAUACAGUACACAUGCAUUGUACACUACUUAUGGAAUGAUCCGUUUAUUUUCAGUUGGCAGAUGAUAAUCAAUACAUUUUCAAUAAUCAUAUACAUUGCACACUGAAGACAUCUGACGCUGCCCUGGAUCAGUAUUCACUCUCAAGCUGUUGGGUCCUCUUACUGUGAGACAAAGUGGAGAGCAUGUGAUGCAUACAUCCUCCAGCAUGAGCCCUCGUCCCCCAGCCUAUGGGGAUUAUUCUGACAAGCAAGGGCAUGCUUACAAGUGGAAAUAUAAGGAAUACUCACUACCAUCUCAUUCUCAGAUUCAAUGAUUACAGUUGUAUAGUACUGUAGUGUCAGUGAGUAUGACAAAAUGUAAUGGUGGGUGAGGUUUGGAUGCUUGUCAGACAAAGUGAAGAGGUGUGUAUGCUUUGCUAGACCCUCUGGUCGGACAACAAAUGCUCAAAUGCUCCUUUUGUUUUUAGCAUCUAUGAGUUAAAUAUAAACUGUGCACAUUUGAUUUACUGUGUCUGGCAAUGUAUGUCUGAGUGAAUUAGUAGAAAAGGCCAAUGUGGUUUUCUAAAAAAAAAUAGAACUCUGUUUAAUAUUUGUUCGUGAUUUUCUGUCUUAUUGUCUUCAGCAGGGAAAUUACUGAAAAAUAUUCAGCACAGAUGUUUAAUAAAUAAAAUAACUCAAAGGCAUUGCCACAACGAUGAGUGUUUUCCAUGGACGUAUUUUGGUGGUCUUUGUCACAAUAUCAAUUGAAUUUGACAUGUACAUGCACAGAGCUGUGCACUGAUUUGCCUGGUGAUAAUUGUAAUGGUGUUGAGUGCACCUCUAGGCUGCCCUGUAGAGGUUGAUGAGCACCACAGAGCUCAUCAAUUUUCUGGCUUGCUCCUUACUGGCAUAUUGGGCUAGGAAAGCAGUAUGAGUACUAGUAAAACACUAUGGAUUUUUAUUGCAGAAUUUGAUCUGAAUAUAGUAGUGUGUUUGACUUUAAAUUGAUACACCACACAUGAUGAACUACUGUCCGUAUAGGUUUGCUGCAUUGUGUCCACAGUAGAACUGGCAUUCCUUGGGCUGCUCCUACCAUCUCCUGGUCCAUUCAAGCCUUUCCAGGAGUACCUGCUUGUCACCCUUGGUGGUCUAGGACGUGUGUGUGUGUGUGUGUGUGUGUGUGUGUGUGUGUGUGUGUGUGUGUGUGUGUGUGUGUGUGUGUGUGUGUGUGUGUGUGUGUGUGUAAGUCAGGCUGUUUAGUGAGUAGACUCAUCAUUGCAGGGUUAGGGUCUCUGUGUCCCAGUGUGUUUUGAUCCCCUGUCCAGUGCCCCCUCCACACAGCCACUGUAACAUAUUAUAGUAUUGAUGUUACUAUCAGCUCCGACCGCUAUGACAUCAGACCUGCAGAUUAAUGACGCUCAUCUCACAGAAUGCUGUAUGUUAGAGAUCAUUUGUUUAUGUUCUGGCCUUUCUUUCACCGUGCUGCAUUUUCCUCUGUUAAUAUUGCAUCAAUGUAAAGAUUGACAAAAAUAAGCCAUUUGUUUGUAUUGCGUAUGCAUCGUCUUAUCUCUUGUAUGUACAUAGUUUGACCUUUUUGUAUAUAGUUAUGGUUGUGAUCACCUCUGCCUUUUCAUUCUUUUUUUCUUUUCAUUUGCGGGCAUUGCUAACUGCACUGUGCUUGAAUCUGAAUUUAGACAAAAUGUACAGGUUCGUCUUUAAUAAAAUGACAAUGGAAAAAAUAUGAAUUUGAAAAACAACA